AUGGGUAUCAAUAAUCCAAUUCCUCGAAGCUUGAAAAGCGAGACCAAGAAGGCCGCGAAAGUUCUAAGGAGUUUUGUUAAACCAAAUCAAGUAUUUGGAGCAGACCAAGUUAUUCCACCAUAUGUGCUAAAAAGAGCUAAAGGUCUAGCAAUUAUCACGGUUUUAAAGGCUGGCUUCUUGUUUUCAGGGAGAGCAGGUUCUGGGGUGAUUGUGGCCAGGUUAAAAGACGGUACAUGGUCGGCUCCCUCUGCUAUCGCUAUGGCAGGUGCUGGUGCAGGUGGUAUGGUCGGCGUUGAAUUGACAGAUUUUGUUUUUAUUUUAAAUUCGGAAGAGGCAGUGAGGUCCUUUUCUGAAUUUGGUACAAUUACUUUAGGUGGUAAUGUGUCAGUUUCCGCAGGUCCUCUUGGAAGAAGUGCAGAAGCUGCAGCUUCUGCAUCCACAGGUGGUGUCUCGGCAGUUUUUGCCUAUUCCAAAAGCAAAGGUUUAUUUGCCGGUGUGUCUGUGGAAGGUUCAGCCAUCUUGGAGAGAAGGGAAGCUAAUCGAAAGUUUUACGGCGAUAACUGUACAUCAAAGAUGAUUUUGUCAGGUAGAGUAAAAGUUCCACCAGCAGCAGACCCCCUACUCCGUAUCUUGGAAUCAAGAGCGUUCAACUUUACACGCCACGACCAUGAUGACAACGCUAGCGGUGAUGAUUUUUAUGAUGACGGUCAAUACAGCGACAACACAAGCCAUUAUUACGACGAUAUUCCAGAUUCCUUUGAUUCUACUGAUGAAUCCUCAACACGUCCAAACACAAGAUCAUCAAGAAGAAGAGGAAUGUCGCUGGGGUCACGCAGUCGUUAUGAUGAUGAUUAUGAUGAUGAUGGUUACGGACGUGGUCGCGGGUAUGGAGAUUUUGAUAGCGAAGAUGAAGAUUAUGAUUACGGAAGAUCUCCAAAUAGAAACAGCAGCCGCAAUAGAGGCCCACAGAUAGAUAGGGGUACUAAGCCGCGUGCGAAUACCCGAUGGGAAGAUGAUUUGUAUGAUAGAGAUACUGAAUACUCCCGUCCCAACCAUUCCGGUAGGGAUUAUGAUAAUACCCGAGGAAAUAGGCGUGGUUAUGGUAGAGAAAGGGGUUAUAGCCUUGGUCAUGGCCCAACUCACCCCAGCAAUAUGAGCAAUGUCGAUGAUUUAUCACAUAAAAUGUCGAAGACAGGGUUAGGUAAUGAAUCCACUGCUACAAAUUCGGCGACACCAACGGCUGUUGCUCUCUACAAUUUUGCUGGAGAACAACCAGGCGACUUGGCUUUCAAAAAAGGUGAUGUUAUUACUAUCUUAAAAAAAUCAGAUUCUCAAAAUGAUUGGUGGACAGGCAGGACUAACGGAAAAGAAGGAAUAUUCCCUGCAAACUACGUUAGAGUUUCUUAA